GCGCCCGGCGCCCGCGCCCGCGACCCGCAGCCAUGGUGCCCCGGGCGCCCGGCGCGGCCCUGACCCUGUGCCUGUGGCUGGCGGCCUCCGCGGGCUGCCUGGCCGCCGGCCCCGGCGCGGCUGCGGCGCGGCGGCUGGACGAGUCGCUGUCUGCCGGGAGCGUCCAGCGCGCCCGCUGCGCCUCCAGGUGCCUGAGCCUGCAGAUCACGCGCAUCUCCGCCUUCUUCCAGCACUUCCAGGUACGCGGGGGCCUAGACUGGUGUCUGGCACAUAGAAGCUGCUCAAAGUGCUUGGAGCCGUGCAAGGAAUCGGGGGACCUGAGGAAGCAGCAGUGCCAAAGCUUCUGUGAGCCUCUCUUCCCCAAGAAGAACUAUGAGUGCCUGACCAGCUGCGAGUUCCUCAAGUAUAUCCUGCUGGUGAAGCAGGGAGACUGCCCGGCUCCUGAGAAAGCCAGUGGAUUUGCUGCCGCCUGUGUCGAAAGCUGCGAAGUUGACAAUGAGUGUUCCGGGGUGAAGAAAUGUUGUUCCAAUGGGUGUGGGCACACCUGCCAGGUCCCCAAGACUCUGUACAAAGGUGUCCCCUUGAAGCCCAGAAAAGAGUUACGAUUUACAGAACUUCAGUCUGGGCAGCUGGAGAUUAGGUGGUCCUCGAAAUUCAACAUUUCCAUUGAGCCUGUGAUCUACGUGGUUCAGCGAAGGUGGAAUUACGGCAUCCAUCCCAGCGAAGACGAUGCCACGCACUGGCAGACAGUGGCCCAGACCACAGACGAGAGGGUUCAGCUGAUGGACAUAAGGCCCAGCAGGUGGUACCAGUUCCGAGUGGCCGCUGUGAACGUGCACGGGACCCGCGGCUUCACGGCCCCCAGCAAACACUUCCGCUCUUCCAAAGACCCAUCCGCCCCACCUGCGCCGGCUAACCUGCGGCUUGCAAACUCCACCAUAAACAGUGAUGAGACUGUGACUGUCACUGUCGUUUGGGAUGUCCCCGAGGAGCCCGACAUCCCUGUGCAUCACUACAAAGUGUUCUGGAGCUGGACGGUCAGCAGUAAGUCUCUCGUUCCGACGAAGAAGAAGCGGAGAAAGACUACAGAUGGGUUCCAGAAUUCUGUGAUCCUGGAGAAGCUUCAGCCCGACUGUGACUAUGUUGUGGAGCUGCAGGCCAUAGCAUACUGGGGCCAGACACGCCUCAAGAGUGCGAAGGUGUCCCUUCAUUUCACGUCCUCACGUGCAGCCAGCAACAAAGAACAGCUUGGGAAAACCAGAAAAGGUGCGAUUCAAAUGCAGCCCCCUUUCCAAAGAAGACGGCCGACGCGCCCUCUGGAAGUUGGCACUCCAUUCUUUCAAGACAACCAACUGCAGGUCAAGAUCUACUGGAAGAAGAUGGAAGAUCCCAGCGUCAACCGGUAUCACGUGCAUUGGUUUCCAGAAGUGUGUGCCCACAACAAAACAGCCGGAUGGGAGACAUCCUCCAGCAUGACCCACGAAAAUUAUAUAAUUCUUCAAGAUCUGUCAUUUUCCUGCAAAUAUAAGGUGACUGUCCAACCCAUACGGCCAAAGGGUCACUCAAAGGCAGAGACCGUUUUCUUCGCCACUCCGCCAUGUUCCGCUCUUAAGGGGAAAAGCCACAAGCAUGUUAGUUGCCCUGGCGAAGCAGGUCAUGCUCUUUCCAAAGUGUUAGCCAAGCCGGAGAACCUUUCUGCUUCCUUCAUUGUCCAGGACUUCAACAUCACUGGCCACUUUUCUUGGAAGAUGGCCAAGGCCAAUCUCUAUCAGCCCAUGACUGGAUUCCAAGUGACCUGGGCCGAGGUCACCACAGAGAGCAGACAGAAUAGUUUACCCAACAGCAUCAUUUCUCAGUCGCAAAUCCUGCCUUCAGUAGGCAUGGCCACAUCACGGGUGUUGUGA